GCGGGGCCCGCGGUGAGCGGUGUCGUCCGGCCGCGCGAUGCAUUGUGGGCGCGGCUGAGGAAGUAAAAUGGCGGACCUGGCGAACGAAGAAAAACCUGCCAUUGCCCCACCUGUCUUUGUAUUUCAAAAGGAUAAAGCACAGAAGUCCCCUGCAGAGCAAAAAGCUUUGUCGGAUUCAGGCGAGGACCCCCAGGGAGAGGUUGAGCCCCCCUACCAUGGUCUGGGUCACACAGAACCAGCUGGUGAGUGCGACUCUGAGCACCCUGCUCCUGCUGUGGCCUCAGUCAGUGCUACCCUGAGUCCUGCUUCUGAAGCCCAGCUUGCUCCUAUUCAACAAGAACUGGCAGGGAGAUCUGCAGAUGGAUCAAGUCCAGAAGAUGGAGAUGAAUCUGAUCGAGAGGAUGGAAGCUACUGUCCACCUGUAAAACGAGAGAGAACUUCAUCUUUGAAUCAGUUCCCUCCUUCUCAGUCAGUAACAAAGAACAAUGUCUUUAUGCCAUCAAGCUUUUGUGAACCCUCUGCAGGCAAUUCUGACUCAGAACCAGAGGAAAAGAGCAGUGGAUUCCGGCUGAAGCCACCAAUACUUAUCCAUGGUCAGGCACCGAGUGCAGGUCUCCCUAGCCAGAAACCAAAGGAACAGCAGCGAAGUGUGCUCCGUCCAGCAGUGCUACAGGCACCGCAGCCAAAAGCUUUCUCACAGAUGGUUCUCAGCAGUGGCACCAAUGGUGUAAAUAUCCCUCCAGAUUCUGCAGCCACAUCAGAAUCACCAAGUGAUGCAACAUUGAAAAGUUCAGACUCUGAAGACAAGACAGCAGAAUGUCAGAAAAAGGAGUCCAACAAUACUUCAGAUGAUGACUGCUCUGAGAAGGUUGAGCUAAAUGCACAGCAAGCAUUCGUUUUUGGGCAAAAUUUACGAGAUAGAGUUAAGCUAGGAGAUGAAAGCAAUGAAACUGCCGAUGUGCAGAAUGCUGGCCUUCUGACAUCAGAUAUACCUUCUGCAACAAACUAUUUUCUACAGUACAUCAGUUCCAGUGUAGAGAACUCUACGAACAGUGCAGAUGCAUCUAGCAACAAGUUUGUUUUUGGACAGAACAUGAGUGAGCGAGUCCUAAGCCCACCAAAAUCAAAUGAAGGUAGUACAGAGAGUAAUAAGGAGAAUGCUGCUACAGAGUCUGGGUCUGAAUCGUCUUCUCAGGAGGCCACGCCAGAAAAAGCUAAUAAUAUUUCAGAAUCACUGGCAGAGUCUGCAGCAGCCUAUACUAAAGCAACGGCAAGGAAGUGUUUAUUAGCGAAGGUAGAAGUGAUUACUGGGGAGGAAGCUGAAAGUAACGUGUUACAGAUUCAAUGCAAGCUGUUUGUAUUUGAUAAAAGCUCUCAGUCUUGGGUGGAAAGAGGUCGAGGACUCCUGAGACUCAAUGAUAUGGCCUCAACAGAUGAUGGAACAUUACAGUCUCGGCUGGUGAUGAGGACUCAGGGGAGUCUCAGGUUAAUCUUAAAUACCAAGCUCUGGGCUCAGAUGCAGAUCGAUAAAGCCAGUGAGAAGAGUAUCCGGAUCACCGCCAUGGAUACAGAGGACCAAGGAGUUAAAGUUUUUCUUAUAUCAGCAAGCUCUAAAGAUACAGGGCAGUUGUAUGCUGCAUUGCACCAUCGGAUCUUGGCCUUGCGCAGUAGAGUGGAACAAGAGCAAGAAGUCAAGAAUGUAGCCCCUGAGCCAGAGGUAACGCAGUCAAAUGAGGAAGACAGUGAUGAUGAUGAUGUCAUUGCACCUUCAGGAUCAGUUGGAAGUGGUCCUAAUGAUGAAGGUGAUGGGCAGAACGUUGGCAGCACAUAGCAGAUGUGAGCCAAUCUGCUUGCAAGGCUGCUAUGAACACCAUCUUGCAGGCAUCUCUGGAUACCCCAGGCCAGCAAUUCUUUCAGGCGGUUUAGAAAGCUCCAGGACUUAAGAACUGUGCAUCUCUGUUCUGUUUGUUUGGGUUUUUGGUCUGGAUCAGUAGAUUCCACACAAAAAAUAGCAGACUUGGAAACUACCUGAAUGUGGUUUGGGACGUUGAAAGCUCAUCAUAUUGAUGAGCAAAAAAAAAAAAAAAAAUCCAACCCCAAAACAUAAACAUAAACACAAAAUGCAACCACCCCCAACCAUUUCCCCUCUUCCUUGUAAUUAAAAUGGCACAUUACAGCUUGUCACAGCUUUUCAUUGGGACCUUUUGGCUGUUUCUUCAAUAGUUCAUGUCUUGCAGGUCUCCAAGAUAGAACUUUUUGACAUGGUUCCAACUUGAAUUCUGCUUUUAUAACCCCUACUCCCCUUUACGCAGGGAAACCUGGUCCUCAAUAGCUCCUAUGCUCACUGGCUGCCCUUUUGGGUUCAUUUGUUCUUUUUGGACUUUAGAUGGGGCAGGUUAUGUUUUUACCAUUUAAUCCCAGCAUAGGUUGUGGAUGUGGACACCAUUGUUUGCUGUCUAGUGGGUUUGUAAACAGAAAGAAACAAAACAUUGUGGUUCACCAGAAAAGCUUUUUUAAUGCGAUAAGAGACUUUAAAGUCUGCAGGACGUUUUGCUAACUCCUUUUUUCUUCCCAUUUCAUUAUUAUUUUUUGGGGAUUUAUAUUGUGGUGAGACUUUUUUAUUUUAGUUUUUCAAUAAGAUGCUCUUGUGUGUUAAAAAAAGUGAAACUAUUGUUUUGUACUGUUCUUUUCUGUUACUAUUUAAGGGAGAGCUAAGCCACUAUAUAUAAUAGAUGUUGCAUACAAUUUUUCUUAAAAAAUUUUGUUUCUGUGGCUAGAGUAAAGUGCAGGAGGCAUACAGGUUACACCUUCAGAAAAGUUAAUGACAAAACAGCUGUUAGCCCUUGGAAGAAUAAAAUAGGCUCAUGUAAUGAGCUCUGCCAGCCAUUAAAAUAAAUCUGUAUAAUAAAGCAGCUCUCAUUUAAUGGCUUGAUUCAACAAGCCAUUUAAGCACUUGCGUGACUUAACUGUAUGUGAAUAAUCUUACUGAAGUCAAUGCAACUCUUCAUGCUUAAAGUUGAGGACAUUUUUUUUUAAAUCUUGCUGAAUUAAUGGCCUUAAAUAGAAAAUUUAACUUCAAAACCCUUCCUGUCCCUGUUCCAUUUCCUGAAGUCUUGCAGCAUGAAGAAAAAGGUAAUACUCCCAGCCUUGAGUAGUUUGGGCUGAAGGUUAUUGUAUUCUGUUCCACCACAAAUAAAAGCAAAAAUGUGGUUUUCUGUGUGCAA